AAUUUUACUGAAUCCCUACGGAGUAACGAGCCUGAACUAGAAGCAACAGGACCAGCUCCUGGUGUUGGAAGAUAGGUGCUCCUUGGGGAGCCAAUUCCUUCACCCUGGGCGCUUACUGUGCUCCAGCCUGGGCCGAGAAGGGGCUGCACCAGAGUGGGCUUCGGGAUCCCAUGGAGGGCAGCGCUCUCUGGUGUUUGCGGCAGGGACUGCGGGACGGGGUGAAAGCGGGACAGAGGAACCGCAGGAGGCAAGGUACACGCGCGCGUGACCCUCCCGGGUACACUACCCCUUACGUCCUCACACAUGCACUCAUGCGAAGUUCCUGCGCGACGGGACUCGGCCACCCUCCUGCAACUCCAAACCCAGGCGAACCCUCAGCGGGCAAGGCCCGCGCUGGGAGGGGCCGGGCCGGGGGCGGCUGGCAGGAAGCUACGCGUACCUUCCGCUGCAGGAGGAGCAGGUGGCUGCAGGGCGGCCUGAGGGCCCCAGGCUUCCUGUGUGGGCGCCAGCCUGCUGUUCUUUCCUGCCCCAGCUUGUUGGGCUGCCGCGGCCGGCCCGGCCCAGUUCCAUGGCCCAGAUCCCCGACGGCAUCUCCUGUGAGCUGCGAGGCGAGAUCACCAGGUUCCUGUGGCCAAAGGAGGCAGAACUGCUCCUAAAAACCUGGCUUCCCCAGGAAGGUGCUGAGCGAAGUCACGUCCUGGCGCUGCUGCGAUGGAGGGCCUACCUGCUACACACUUGCAUCCCACUGAGGGUGGAUUGCACUUUCAGCUAUCUAGAGGUCAGGGCCAUGGCACUGCAGGAGACACCCCCUCAGGUCACCUUUGAGCUGGAGUCCCUGCCUGAGCUGGUCCUAGAAUUUCCUGGUGUGGCCACCCUAGAACAGCUGGCCCAGCAUGUGGCUUCGGCCAUCAAGAAGGUCUUCCCUCGUUCAGCCCUUGGGAAGCUAUUCCGGAAGCCCACACCUGCCUCAAUGCUGGCUCGGCUAGAGAGAAGUAGCCCCUCAGAGUCCACAGCCCUCAGCAGCCCCUGUGGUGGCUUCUUGGAGACCUAUGAGGCUCUGUGUGACUACAAUGGCUUCCCUUUCCGAGAAGAGAUUCAGUGGGAUGUGGACACAGUCUACCAUCAUCAGGGAUGCCGCCAGUUCAGCCUAGGAGAUUUCAGCCACCUUGGCAGCCGGGACCUGGCCUUGAGUGUGGCUGCCCUGUCCUACAACCUGUGGUUCCGGUGCCUCUCUUGCGUGGACAUGAAGCUGAGCCUUGAGGUUUCAGAACAGAUUCUGCACAUGAUGGGUCAGUCAUCCCACCUAGAAGAGCUAGUGCUGGAGACCUGUGGCCUGAGAGGAGACUUUGUCCGACGACUGGCCCAGGCACUGGCAGGACAUUCGAGCUCUGGGCUUCGAGAGCUCAGCUUGGCUGGGAACCUGCUAGAUGACAGAGGCAUGGCGGCGCUCAGCAGACACUUAGAGCAUCGUCCAGGAGCCCUCAGGAGACUCAACCUAGCACAGACAGGGUUGACACCUCGAGGAAUGAGGGCCCUGGGCCAGGCACUAGCCACCAAUGCUACCUUUGACUCUGCACUGACCCAUCUGGACCUUUCUUGGAAUCCUGGGGCGCUAGGGGCCUCAGAGGACAAUGGGGGCCUUUAUACUUUCCUGAGCCGUCCUAACGUUUUGAUGUUCCUGAAUCUCGCAGGCACAGACGCUGCCCUAGACACUCUCUUCACAGCACUGGCCAGUGGCUGCUGUUCCAGCCUCACCUACCUUGACACUUCCAGGAAUGUCUUCUCUCAUUGCAAGUCCCGGGCUGCCCCUGCCUCACUGCAGCUCUUCCUCAGCCAUGCAGAGACCUUACGUCACCUGGGCCUGGCAGGCUGCAAACUGCCACCUGAAGCACUCAGGGCUGUUUUUGAUGGCCUGGCACUCAACACACACAUCCGAGACCUGCAUCUGGACCUCAGUGCUUGUGAGCUGCGCUCUGCGGGUGCCCAGGUUAUACAAGACUUAGUGUGUGAUGCAGGUGUCAUGAGCUCCUUGGAUCUGGAGGAUAAUGGCUUUGGCUCAGACAUGGUGACUCUGGUGCUGGCCAUUGGGAGGAGCCGGUCGCUGAAACAUGUAGCACUUGGAAGAAACUUCAAUGUCCGGUGCAAGGAGACCCUGGAUGAUGUCCUGCACCGGAUUGUCCAGCUCAUGCAAGACGACGACUGUCCCCUGCAGUCUCUGUCUGUGGCUGAUUCGAGGCUAAAGCUGGGUGCCAGUGUCCUGCUCCGGGCACUGGGUGCCAACCCUAGCCUGACUGCACUGGACAUCAGUGGCAACGCCAUAGGGGACACGGGCGCCAAAAUGCUGGCCAAGGCUCUGAGAGUCAACACGAGGCUCCGGUCUGUGAUCUGGGAUCGGAACCACACAUCGGCUCUGGGGCUGCUGGACGUGGCGCAGGCUCUGGAGCAGAACCACAGUUUAAAGGACAUGCCUCUGCCACUUAACGAUGUGGCCCAGGCCCAGCGCAGCCGCCCAGAACUGACAGCGCGAGCAGUCCAUCAGAUCCAAGCCUGUCUCUUGAGGAAUAACCGCGAGGAUCCCGCCUCUUCUGGCCACUCAUCCUGCCUUCAGCCAUUGAAUUUGGACUCAAACCACUCCGAGCAGGAGGUGAAUGAGCUGUGUCAGUCGGUGCAGGAGCACAUGGAGUUGCUGGGCUGUGGGGCUGGACCCCAGGGUGAAGCUGCUGUGCACCAGGCAGAGGAUGCCAUCCAAAAUGCCAACUUUUUUCUCAGUAUUCUCCCCAUUCUCAGUGAGGCUGGGAACUCUCCAAGCUAUCAAUGGCAGCUGCGGCAGAAGCUGGAGGCCCUCCUGGGACAGGUGGGUGAGAUCUGCCACCAGGACAUGCAGGACUUCAUUCGGGCCAUACUGGACACAACAAGGAGCCUCUGCCGACAGAUGCUGCAGGGACCCGGCUGGAGGGAGCAGCUAGAAGGGGUCCUGGUGGGCUCAAAGGGGCUCUCAGAGCUGCUCCCAGAGCAGCUACUACAAGAUGCCUUCACCAGACUUAGGGACAUGCGGCUAUCAGUCACAGGGACCCUUGCAGAGAGCAUUGUGGCUCAGGCUCUGGCAGGCCUAAGGGCAGCUCAGGAUCGGCUGGUGGAGAGUCUGGCUCAGCAGGUACCAGUGGCAGUGCCCCCUAGCCUACCAGCACUGGAUGGAGGUGAGCUCAGCCCCCUAGGGCCUGGGGCAUUGGAAGGUUUUUUCUUUGCUGAGGACAAGGAAGAUGAAGAGGAGAAGCAGGAUGAAAGUCCUCUGAGGAAAUGGCCUGAGCACUGUCUUCACCCGGUCCCCUUCGAUCACAGUAAGCCAUGCCACCACCGCCCGCCGCCGGGGGGCCCUCAGGUGCCCCCAGCCCUGCCGCAGGAAGGGAAUGGGCUCAGUGCCCGCGUGGACGAGGGCGUGGAGGAAUUCUUCUCCAAAAGGCUGAUCCAGCAGGAUCGCCUUUGGGCCCCCGAGGAGGACCCAGCCACCGAAGGGGGUGCCACUCCUGUCCCCCGUACACUUCGAAAGAAGUUGGGCACCCUCUUUGCCUUUAAGAAGCCUCGUUCAACACGGGGUCCACGGCCUGAUCUAGAGACCAGCCCUGGUGCAGCAGCCCGCACCCGAAAAACCACUCUUGGGGACCUGCUGCGGCCUCCAGCCCGUCCUGGCCGUGGUGAGGAGUCUGGUGGGGCUGAGGGGGGCCCCAGCAGCCCUGACCCUGCCCGAAGAAGCAGGCCUCGGUACACACGGGAAAGCAAGGCCUACUCAAUGAUACUGCUGCCUGCUGAGGAGGAGGAGACACUGAAUGCCAGACCUGAUAAGCGGAGGCCCCUGGAGCGGGGAGACACAGAGUUGGCCCCAUCUUUUGAACAGCGGGUACAAGUUAUGCUGCAGAGGAUCGGUGUGAGCCGGGGCAGUGGGGGUGCCGAGGGCAAGAGGAAGCAAAGUAAAGAUGGUGAAAUCAAGAAAGCUGGCUCAGAUGGUGACAUAAUGGACAGCUCCAUCGAGACCCCACCUAUCUCAAUCAAGUCCCGAACUCACUCUGUGUCUGCUGACCCCUCAUGCAGACCUGGGCCAGGGGCCCAGGGGCCCGAGUCUGCCACCUGGAAGACACUGGGUCAGCAAUUGAAUGCAGAGCUCAGAGGCCGUGGUUGGGGCCAACAGGAUGGUCCAGGCCCCCCCUCCUCACCUUGUCCCAGCUCAAACCUCCGCAGAGCCAGCCCUGCUGACAGCCUGGGCCUUCCGGAGGACCCUUGCUUGGGCCCAAGGAAUGAAGAUGGCCAGCUGAGGCCGAGGCCUCUCUCAGCAGGGCGACGAGCAGUGUCUGUGCAUGAGGACCAGCUCCAGGCCCCUGCUGAACGGCCCCUGCGACUGCAGCGCUCCCCAGUCCUCAAGCGUAGACCGAAGCUCGAGGCACCCCUGUCUCCAAGCCUAGGAUCUGGCCUUGGAACCGAGCCUCUACCCCCACAGCCCACAGAGCCCUCUAGCCCUGAGCAGAGCCCACCCUCCCCAGCCACAGACCAAAGAGGCGGCGGUCCCAACCCCUGAUCCUCUCCUCUCCUGCCG